GUACGGGCUGUACAACUUUCGACGUGACCGUCCGAAGUGCAGUAGACAGGAUGAAGUUAGACCCGAGCCCACUUCCCACACUGACAAUGGACAUGUUCGCCAGACUCGCGCGGGUUAAAGUGACGAACGGCACCGUCGAAGGCCUGUCGAGACUGCGCCAGUCGGGUGACGUGGUCGCCCGCAUAGAUGAAUGUGGCUCUUACUUUUAUGCCAAUGUCACCAUUCGCAACCUGACCGUGACGCUUGUCGUAAGCGUUAGUACGUUCAUGGCUGACUUGACGGCCAUGGUGAAGACCGCAAUUUCAGCGGAAGUCGUCAUCGAGAUUGUCGAGCAAAACGCCACCCUGGUUUUAAAGAAUGUUGUUGUCAAUGCGACAGACAAAAUAUUCACCAGCGUUACGCCCAUCGGAGUAGUCAGUUCAUUCGCCACUUUCUUGUUACCACAGAAGUUCACAGAAGAUCAGGCGAGAGCUGCAGCCACUUACACGCUCUACGAUACAAGGUGCUCUAGAUGCAUUACAUAGUUUCGCUCAUGGAGAUGACCAGAUAAAAGCGUAAUACAUGUUCUAUCG